AAAAAAAACAUUAAAAUUUUCAUUUCUCAAAAUUUUUAUAUUUUAAAAUAUAACAUUCACUUAACUAAUUUUUUUUUUUAAUAAAUUGAAUGGUUAAUAGAUUUUGACAUAAUAUUUUAAAACUAAAAAAGACAUUAAUUUGGUUAUUGUUUUUAUAUUUUGGAUGUAACUUUUUGUUAAUUCUUGAAAUAAAAAGUUUGACAUACAUUUUAAAUGAAUAGCAAAUCAUUUUCUUCGUAAUUCUAUGUAUAUCAUAUAAACUUCAAGUAUGUGUAAUAUCAAUAUAAAUAUUUUAUAUAAAAUGAGAGAUGUAAACUGAAAAUAUAUGGUUAAUUAUACAUAUGUUCGGUUAUCAGUUCGGAUAUUACCCGUUUGGGUUCGGAUAUCUAAUAUCUCCUAAUUUAAUAUCCGUUAGGAUAUUUUGCUACUUCGAUUUGGAUUUCGAUUCGAAUUUUUUGGAUCGGGUUCGGGUGCAGCUUCGGAUAUCGGGUUAAGUGCCCACCCCUAAUAACAGCAAACCUGAAGAUGUAUUAUUCGAGAUGGAUAUUCAGAUAACCGAUCGGUUCAUGAAAUUUAACUCUUUUUUGGUUGAAUUUUAUCGAGCGAUCUGGGAUGCUGGGCCUAAGUUGGGCCCAAAAUGCCUAUUAUUUCAACAAUUUUCGGAUCUUUUUAGACGAAACAGAAAAAAAGGAAAACGAAGAGAUGCUUUUUACAUAUCAGAAAGUCAAAAUAGAUUAAAGUCAAAUCUAGAUCCGACGGUCAAUAUUCCAUCAUCUAUUCUCAUUCUCAAUGAUAUCUCCUGUCUAAAAAGAAUCAAAAAUCUGUAAAAGCUAAUAAAAUAAUAAAAUCCCCAAAGAAAAAAAAAUCGAAAAAUCCCUAAUUCUCUCUCUCUCUCUCUCUCUCUCUAGAUUUUUUCUCUCUCUAAAAAAAAGAAAAUGGAACCUCACGAAAGUCACCAGCAGCAACGUCUCAGCUCUCCUUACUUCCACCACCACCUGCAACACCACCACCACCAUCCAUCCACCGUCUCUUCCGCAAACGCCGUUCCACCUCCCAACAAUGGUCUUUUCCCGCCGCCGCCGCCGCCGCAGGCUAACGAUGGCUCCUCCUCUCACGCCGUGUUUCCCCUCUCCUCGGCGGUAACGGCGCCGUCUGAGCCGUUAAAGAGGAAACGAGGCCGUCCGAGGAAGUACGUGACGCCGGAGCAAGCCCUGGAGGCCAAGAAAAUGGCGUCCGCCGCGAGCAGUUCCUCUGCUAAGGAGAGGAGAGAGCAAGCAGCCGGAGGUACUACGACGUCGUCUAGUCCCGGGUCAUCGAAAAAAUCUCACCUUGGCUCCGUCGGUAAAACUGGGCAAAGCUUUACUCCACAUAUAGUUAACAUAGCUCCUGGUGAGGAUGUGGCUCAGAAGAUUGUGAUGUUUGCACAGCAAAGCAAGCAUGAGCUAUGUGUUCUAUCUGCAUCUGGCACCAUCUCUACUGCAUCCUUGCGUCAGCCAGGAGGCAACAUAUCAUAUGAGGGUCAGUACGAGAUUAUCUCACUAUCCGGAUCAUUUAUCCGAUCUGAACAAGGUGGUAAAACCGGUGGACUUUGCGUUUCCUUAUCUAGAUCUGAUGGUCAGAUCAUCGGAGGAGCUGUUGGGACUCACUUGACAGCUGCUGGUCCGGUUCAGGUGAUUCUUGGUACGUUUCAGCUUGAUAGAAAAAAGGAUGGUGUGAAAGGGGAAGCUUCUAACAGCGGAAGUCGGUUAACUUCUCCCUCUAGCACUGGACCUGGCCCGGGCCCUGGACCGUUGCUUGGCAUGGGCUUCCGUUGUGUUAUGGAAUCUCCUGGUAGAAAUCCAAUGAGGGGAAACGAUGAGCAGCAUCAUCAUCAUCAACAAACCGGUAUGGGUGGAUCUCAUCAUCACUUCAUGAUGCAAGCGCCGCAGGGAAUGCACAUGACACAUCCCCGGCCAUCUGAAUGGGGAGGAGGAGGAGGCAGCAGUGGUCAUGACGGUAGAGGUGGUGGCGGGGGGUAUGAUUUGUCAGGACGUCUAGGACAUGAGUCGUUUGAGAAUGGAGAUGACGAGCAGCAAAUGCCGGAUUAGCUUCCAGAGACGUGUGUAGAGUUUAGAUCCAAAUUAGAUACUGAAGCCCUGAGCAAGAAUCUGAACUGAGAGAGAGAUAUGACUUAAAAAGACAGAAUCUUGUCUGAAGUGUUUUCAUCUGAGAUAAUAGAAGUUGAGUGAUGCUUUUUGUUCUUUCUUGGUUAACGGUGUAAUAUGUAUAAACUCCACAGCCUUUUUUUUCCUGCUUCUCUUUCAUUUCAAUCCUUUUCUUCUCCUAUGUUUAUAUAGUUUGUUAUUGUUUUGCUCACAUGAAAAGAAAAUGCUCUGUUAUGAAUACAAAUACACUUCUUUUGUUUG